AUGGGUUCAGAGUAUUGCUGGUUUGUUGAGGUUAUUUUAAGGAAAGUAAAAAUACUAACAAGUAUAGUUGCUGCACGUGCUGGAAUUCAUGUUUCAGAAACUCUAAAAUCAUAUAACGACAAAUUUGAAAAUAGUGAUGUUAGUAAUAUCCAACGUGUAUGUGUUGCUUUACAACAAUUUGGUGAAAUAGUUUAUAAUUUUGUACAACUAUUAGACCAAUUACAAUUAGAUCUGGAUCAAUGUCUUUGUGAAUCACUUCAUUCAUUUAUUGAUGAAGAGUUAUCAAUAGCUAUAAAUGGACCAAAACUUGAUUCUAUUAAAAUAACGUCACCAACAACAAACCCAAAACUAUCACAAUCAGUUGCAAUUACUCAAAUGGCAAUUAAUAAAUUUGAGAUAGAAUCUCUUAAACAAUUUACUAAUUCCUUUGAAACAUUUGAAAAUUUCACUGAUGGAAUGUUUACUCUUCAUAUAUACAAAGAAAGUUAUGAAUUUGCCAAGAAAGAAGCAAAACAACUAGAAAAUGUUUUUGAAGAUAAUUUAAAUACAGAAAUGUCUCUCUAUAGAAAUUAUUUUGGUAUUUCUAUUAAAAGAUUACUUGAAGAAGAAAAUAGGAUGAAUGCACAAAUUCCAAUGGGAUUAGAAAAGGCUCUCAAGUAUUUGUAUUGUAAUGGUCUUGAUAAAGAAGGAUUGUUUAGAAUAAGUUCAACACCUGAUAAAGUGAACUUUAUGAAAAUGAAAUUUUUAGCAAUUAAUUAUUCUAACGAAGACCCUUAUCUUGUAGCAAAUUUGGUUAAAACAUUCUUUAAAGAAAUUCCAGGAAAUUUAAUUCCAAAAAGUUCAAUCCCAUCUUUCCUUGGAUGGUAUGGUUUGUUUUCUUGUGUCUUAUUAGUUGUUGUAUAG